AUGGCGCUGACCGGGUGCAGCUGGCUCCUCCUCAGCGCCGUGUUCCUGAGCACAGGGGCCGAGAUCACUAUCACCCCCGAGCCUGACCAGCCGGCGGAGGGAGACAACAUCACCCUGGUGGUCCGCGGGCUUUCGGGGGAGGAGCUUGCCUACAACUGGUACGCGGGGCCCUCCAUCAACCUGGCUUACCUGGUGGCCAGUUACAUCGUCAGCACAGGCGAUGAGACCCCCGGCCCGGCCCACACGGGGCGGGAGGCUGUGCGCCCCGACGGCAGCCUGGACAUCCACGGUGCUCUGCCUGGGCACUCGGGCACCUACAUCCUGCAGACUCUCAACAGGCAGCUUCAGACGGAGGUGGGCCACGGCCGCUUGCGGGUCUAUGAGAUCCUGGCCCAGCCUGUGGUCAUGGCCAACGAAACGGAGCUGGUGGAGCGCCGAGACACCCUGCGCCUGCUCUGCAGCAGCCCCAGCCCCGCUGAGGUCCGAUGGUUCUUCAAUGGCGAGGCCCUGCCCAUCGCCGUCCGCCUCGGCAUGUCCCCCGAUGGCCGGGUGCUGACCCGGCACGGCAUCCGCAGGGAGGAGGCCGGAGCCUACCAGUGUGAGGUCUGGAACCCGGUCAGUGUCAGCCGCAGCGAGCCCAUCAACCUGACCGUGUACUUCGGCCCGGAACGCGUGGCCAUCGUGCAGGAUUCCAUCCCCCGCACGGGCUGCACCAUCAAAGUCGACUUCAACGCGUCCCUCACGCUGUGGUGUGUGUCCCGGUCCUGCCCGGAGCCCGAGUACGUGUGGGCCUUGAACGGGAGGGCCCUAAAGAACGACCGAGACCACCUCAACAUCACUGGCAUGACCGCCGCCCAGGAGGGCACCUACACGUGUAUCGCUAAGAACACCAAGACCCUGCUCUCCGGCUCGGCCUCGGUGGUGGUCAAGCUGUCUGCGGCCGUGGUCGCCAUGUCCAUCGUGCCGGUGCCCAGCAAGCCCACGGAGGGCCAGGACGUGACCCUGACCGUGCAGGGCUACCCCAAGGACCUGCUGGUCUACGCCUGGUACCGCGGGCCUGCCUCCGAGCCCAACCGGCUGCUCAGCCAGCUGCCGUCGGGGAACUGGAUCGCAGGCCCCGCGCACACAGGCCGGGAGGUGGGCUUCGCCAACUGCUCGCUGCUGGUGCAGAAGCUGAACCUCACGGACGCCGGCCGCUACACACUCAAGACGGUCACCCUGCAGGGCAAGACCGAGUCUCUGGAACUGGAACUGCAGGUGGCCCCCCUGGAGUAACGUGGACCUGGACACCUCCAGAGAGAAGAGCUCUUCGCACCGUCCUCCCCACGUUCUCCCCGUGAGCAGAGGGACGGUCGUCGUGGCUCUGGUCCUAUGUCCUCCUGCUUCCACAAUAGAGUUAGAGCCAAUAGGGCCCUACUC